CCUGCGUCGUGCCGCUACCGAGGUUUUCCCCUCCAUGCUCCAUGCAGCUGUCUCCCCAGAUUCUCACAUGCUGCUCGGAGCUCCAUUCACACCCGGCACACACCCCUCACACCCCCCAGUCACUCAGUCACUCACAGUCGCUCAAGUCACACAUCCAACUAGCCAACUCAGUCAUCCAGCUCUCAUUGAGACAAAAGACGUCGGCAAUGUGCUUCUAUUCCUAAUCAUCCCAACAACAAGUAUAUACCCAGACCCCCGAAAUGGCCCAACCCCCACCGGCCGCCCUCUCCGGCGCAGACCGCAUCCGCGCCCUCAAGGAUGAAGGUGCCGUCUUUGAAGCUUUCGAUGCGUACCCUUGGACAAAGGACAAGAUGUUCAUGUCCGGUCUCUACGCCAUCCUCGGUGAACCCGGCAAGCAGAACCCCGGCGCCUCUCUCGCCGACAUGGCCAUCCACGCCCGAGUCUUCUAUUACGCCCAGCGCAUCGGCGUCCCCAUCGACUUUACCCGUUACCAGGCCUGGGUCGCUCAGCAACCGGAUCGCCAGCCUCCGGAUGUCCUCCCGGAGGAAUAUCACCGCCGAGGCAGCUCCACCCAAGGACCCCAAGCUGAGGCUCUCGACUGGCAACAGGCCGCCCCUAAGGCUGACCUAUACGUUGAUCGCAAGGCUGCUGCCCAAUCUGCUGGGGACCAACCCAACUACCCCAUGGGCUUCGCCGAAAUGCUCAAGCUGCUGCAAGAGGGGAAGCCCGUCCCAGGCAUCCGCCAGAUUCCCAACACCAUUAUCAGAGAUCCUGCCGUGAAACCCGUCGGUGCGAGAGCUGUACCGAGGAAGCCUUGGGAAAAGGAUCUUGCUGCAUCUGCUCCAGUCCUUCCCGAUGUUCCCAAGGCUCUGGAUAGCGAGUUUCCCCCCGUCGAUGACGAUGCCCCUACUUCCUCCCACGCCGGAGCUGCCUGAGCAGAUCCCAGUUCCGCGAAGGAUCAGUCCUACGAAGGACUUGGUGACUAGAUAUUUGAAUCAGUGGCGUAAAUGGCGUUUGGGUUGUUCGGUCGGCUCAUGAUGUUGUAGACUUGGCACAUACACAAUCGUUCUGCCCUUCCCGAAUACCACCUCACCAUCAACCCGAGCCUGAUAAUGGAUAUCACAAAAUUAAUCACCCGUCAGAAUGAGAUAUUGGAAAAAGAAGCAAAACUUGUAUUAAUGCGUCGUGGCUAAAUAACAAAACAACUUCCCUAACCUACUCUCCGCCGCCGUGCCCCAAAACAACAUACACGUUUCCUGUGAUUCAAUCCUCCCAUCCAUCCCCGA